CGCCCAGCUGCGUGACGGCGGUUGAUGGUUUGUGAGCGUGCAGUUUCUUAUCUCUGGUAAUUGGACUCAGAAAGAUCUCUGCUGAGCUGUUUCAGGUUUCUCGCUGAUCUCCCGAAAAUGACGGCGUCUUGCUCCUCUCGCAAGGCACCCCCCUACCGCUCCGAGAGUCCCUUUUCUUCUAGGUGCUUCGUUGGGAUUCUUUUGGUGGCGCUACUGCUCCUGCUUCCCACAUCCUCCGAUGCCUGUGGUGAGCCACCAAGGUUUACAACUAUGCAGCUCCAGAAUGCCACUAAACCCAGUUAUAGCCCUGGGGACAGAAUAUAUUAUGAGUGUCGCCCAGGUUACCAGCCCAAGUAUCGUCCUAUCUCUGCUGUUUGUCAGGAUGAUAAUAUGUGGUCACCUCUCCAGGAGGACUGUACAGGAAAACAGUGUCCUAACCUAGGGGAUCCCACAAAUGGCCAAGUACAGUACCAAAGUGGAAAUAUUCUGUUUGGCUCACAGGUUCACUAUGUUUGUAAUGAUGGUUAUUUCUUAAUUGGACCAAGUAUUCUAUACUGUGAGAUUUCUGGAAGUACUGUGAACUGGAGUGAUCAUCCUCCAAUAUGUGAAAAGAUUCAGUGUAGACCACCUGGAAAAAUUCUAAAUGGAAAAUACACAAAUAGCCACAAGGAAAUAUUUGAAUAUAGUGAAGUAGUAACUUAUAGUUGUGAUGCUUCAAGUGGAACAGAUCAAUAUUCACUUGUUGGAGAGAGCAAGCUUGUUUGUAUUGAAAAGGACAAAUGGAGUAGUGAACCUCCUCAGUGUAAAGUGGUCAAAUGUGUAUAUCCCUACAUUGAAAAUGGAAUGAUAGUCUCAGGAUUUGCAUCAAAAUUUUACUACCAAGCAACGAUUGUAUAUAGAUGCAACGAGGGUUUUAAGCUUAGUGGCAGCAACAUAAUUGUCUGUGGUGUGAACAGUACUUGGGAGCCUGAGAUACCAACAUGUAUUAAAGAGUCAACUACUCCUAGUACCCAGCCUCCAAUUUCCAGUGCCUCAGUGUCAACUCCUCCCAGUUCCCAACCUCCAGUUCCCUGUGUCUCAGAUUCCAAGCCUACUCAUCCAACUACAAUUCCGGGAUCAAGUCAUCCAGGAUAUCCCAGUCACGAUGAUGAAACACCACCUAAAGAUGUUGAGCGUUUAGGUGCAGGAAUCAUUGUUGCAAUUGUCAUUGGUGCACUUCUGGGCGUUGGAGUAGUUGUGUGUGGCAUGUACUUCUGUUUUUGCAAGAAGAAGAAAGGGUUGCUGUAAAACUGAUGGGGUUAAACUAAAAGUUGCUGAGAGGGAAAGGAGGUAUUGCUACAUACAGUGCUUACCAUGAUAAGGCAACAACUCCAGCAGAGUAGAUGAACUAAAUGGUUCCCACAAACCCAUGUAUCAUUCAGCCAUGAAAAUGAAGGAAAUCCUGCCAUUUGAGACAAUACAGAUGGACCUUGAGGGCAUUAUGCUGGGUAGAUAAGUCAUAUAAAGAAAGACAAGUACUGUAUGAUCUCACUUACAUGUGGAAUCCAAAAAACCAAGCUUAUAUAAAAAGAAAUCAGAUUUGCUUUCAUCAGAGGUGGUGAGCUGGGGGUGUCAGUUGAGUAAAGGUGGUCAGAAAAUAUAAACUUCCAAUUAUAAGAUAAAAACAUACUGGGAUGUAAUGUACAGCAUAGUGACUACAGUUAGUAACACUGUAUUGUAUAUUGGCAAGUUGCUAAGGAAGUGGAUUGUAAAACUUCUAAUCACAUGGAAGAAAAAAAAUUUUUGUAGGUACGUGAAGUGAUGGAUGUUAACUAAAUUUAUCGUGUAAUCAUUUUGCAAUAUAUACACGAUCAAAUCAUGCUGUACACCCUAAACUUAUGCAGUGUUAUAUGUCAGUUAUAUCUCAAUACUGAAAGAAAAAGAAUCUAUAAAAAUCAUUUGCUAGUUUCUUACACUGUCAAGAAUGGAACUGUUAAGCCAUAGUGCUAACAUUUUAAUGUGGCUGAAGUAUAGUCACCAUCGUUUAAUGCUUCUUUGAAAUGUGUGUGAAUUUGUGUUUGAAUAUCUUGCUUGUUUUUCCUUAAAUAACGCUUGUAUUUAUAGGGCAAGUCAGCACAGUAUCCCCACUAGUGUUAAGGUGGGGAAACAUGUUUUCUAUAAAAUCUCCAAACUCAGAGAAACAUAAUUCAAAAUGACAUUUCAUUUGUAAAGAAAGUGAUUUUGAAAUCUUUUCUGUUCAAAGAUGAUUGCCAACUCUUAAGAUUCAUUCUUCAACAAUCCCCAAAUAUGCAUUAUAUAGUUUAUUAUAAAAGUUUGAUUUCCUUAACUAAGAAUAUUUCCGGAAAAUACUCUUACAGUUAAUAGGUUAAAAUACUAUUUUUAAAAAUUUGUAACCUCUUGGUGAUUUAGAGAUGCUAUAAAGUUUAUUUCUGGCAUUUGUUCUUCGCCCAUUUUAAUAACAAUAAACCAGUCUAAGAAAUCAAGAAGAAUUCAGCAUCAGUUGCAUGCUUCUGUACACAAUUAGAGGGCUCUAACUCCCAUAGCAGGAAUGCCAGCUCAGGACAAAGUGAACACUGUGGACUUAUAGUUUUCUUAAAAAGAAUUCCACUCUUUAAGAGAAUUAGAAUCCACUAUGAAUUCUGUUUUUCUCUCCCCACCUGAAUAAAGAGAUGUCUUACUUUAAACAUGUCAUCUGAAUGGAGGCAGCUUGUAGGGAAUAAAUGCAUCAGAUAACCUCAAGUUACAACA